AAAGAAAAUAAAGGUCACAAUCUUAAGUUUACUCAGGAAAUUUUCACCGCCUAUGUGCAGGAAAACUCAGCAGAGAAGAAAACCCUGGCAAUCCUCUCUGUAGUUGGAAAUAGAGUCAAUGAGCCUUUGUUUUAUUCUAUUCUCAACCCUAACAGCAAAUUUGAAAUGGGACGCACAUCUGGAGUCCUCUUCUCCACAGGCAUUCCAUUUGAUCGUGAGGAGCAGGAUUUGUAUGAAAUCUUUGUGGAGGUUACAAAAGAGCCAAGGUUAAACAGUACUGCCCAUGUGCUUGUGAGAGUGCACAUUGAAGAUGUGAAUGAUAAUGCCCCCGUCUUUGUAGAUCAGCCGUAUAACGUCAUUGUUCCAAUUGAAAAAACUGUGGGUUCAGUUUUCAGGAAGGUGAACAGCGUGGACAAAGAUAUUGGCAGAAACGCAAAGGUUACGUACCAUUUGAAAGGGCAUGAUAAAUAUUUUCAGGUAAGCCCUUCUGGAGAAAUCUCUCUUAAGAGACCUCUUGAGUUUAAAAGCAUUGGCAAAUUCGUCAUUAACAUCACCGCACAAGACGGAGGUGAACCACAACUGUUUUCAAAAGCAGAGGUGGUUAUUUCAGUGGUAAACAAAGCUACACCAAUGUUUGAAAGACCUUUUUACAAGCUUGAAAUCCCCGAGAAUGUGCAAGUGCGUACAUCUGUACUGCAAGUCGUAGCCAAUCAAUCUGCAGGCCCUCGUACGGUCUACAGCAUCUGUGGGGGAAACCCAUUCAAUCAGUUCUACAUUGAUUUCAAUUCAGGACUCAUUGAAGUCAUCCAGCCAUUGGAUUAUGAGGCUCAUCCUGCAUAUCGGUUAUGCAUCCAGGCGACAGACUAUUUAACAGGUGCCAACUCUGAUGUUUUUGUAGAUAUCAUAUUGGAAGACGUCAAUGACAAUGCACCCAAAUUUGAAGUGGCAAUGUAUAACAUCAGUAUCUCUGAAUCUGCUGUAAUUGGAACCUCUGUGCUACAAGUGGUAGCCAUGGACUCUGACACAGGAAGCAACGCAAUUCUAUUUUAUCAGUUGUAUGAAAAGGAUGGAAACACUUCAGAUCACUUCAGAAUAGAUGUUGAAAGUGGAGUCAUAUGGACUGCAGGACUAUUGGACCACGAAACCCAAUCACAGCAUGAACUUAUUGUAAAAGCACUUGACCAUGGAGUAGUUCAGCUGUCUGCUGAGGUCCAAGUGAUCAUAUAUGUUACAGAUCUUAAUGACAACCCACCUGUUUUUGCACACCAGCUUUAUAAUGCCACAAUAAACAAGAUUUCUUCUCCAGGGCAGCUUGUGACCUGUGUUAAAGCAUUUGAUGCUGACAACUAUGGAACCAGUCAGCUUGAGUAUGCUAUUUUGUCUGGAAAUGACAACAAUAUAUUUGCCAUUGAUGCAUCAAGUGGAGAAAUUGUGAUUGCCAACUUCAGCCAGCAGUCUCUUGAGCACUUCUACAGCUUAAUUUUGUCAGUAACUGAUGGUGUUUUUAGAAGUACUGCUGAGGCAAACAUCUAUAUGAUGGGCGAGAACAGUCACAGUCCAUCAUUUACCCAGGAUGAGUAUGUUAUUGAGCUCGCUGAGAACUCUCCAGUUGGUACGUUGGUUGGACAAGUUGAAGCCAUUGACAAAGACCCAGGGAUAUAUGGACAAUUGACAUUCUUCAUUGUAAAUGAUAUCGCCAGGGAUAAAUUUACCAUCAACGAUGAUGGCCAGAUUCACACAGUAGAGAGUUUUGACAGAGAAAACCCUGAGGAGAAAAUAAUUAGCAUCAGUUUAAUGGCUAAAGAUGGAGGUGGUCGUUUAAGCUUUUGUACUGUUCUUGUAACUCUCUCUGACGUGAAUGACAAUUCACCCAAAUUCAGGCUUUCAGAAUAUAAAGUUACUGCACCAGGAGACUCUACCAGCGGUACAACAGUGAUCAAAACAUCUGCAGUAGAUGAAGAUGACGGAAGUAAUGCUGAUAUAAUUUACACUAUUGACUCUGAUAUAGGGCACUUUGAAAUUCAUCCACUUAGUGGUGCAAUUGUCACAAAGGAGAGUCUAAUUGGGCUGGAAAAUGGCCUCUGUUCCUUACUUGUGAAGGCUAAAGAUUCUGGAAGCCCACCAAGGCAAUCUGUUAUUCCUGUUUCAAUUAGAAUAGUCCCCCCUGAAACAUCAAUCCUAAAGUUUGCAGAGCCGUCACUGUGGCUGGAGCUUUCAGAAGACCUGGCUGUCGGAAGUGAGAUGGAUAUCUUCCAAACCGAGAAUGAGCGGCCUGUGAUCUACAGCCUUGUUGGCGGGAACACUCCUGAGAGUAACAAAGAUGAUGUCUUUGCUAUUGACAGCAGUACUGGAAAGCUUACACUCACAAAAAGACUAGACUAUGAAACUAUUAAAUGGUACCAGCUUGCAGUACAGGUCAGAGAUGCUGAGGAUAGCAUGGAAAUUGUCUCAAUUAUAGAUGUGAGUAUCCAUCUCAAGGAUGUCAAUGAUAAUAGCCCACAAUUUGAGUCCUACCCCUACCAGUCAUAUAUUGUUGAAAACCUACCGAAAGGGACUUCUGUAGUGCAGGUCAAGGCAACUGAUCUGGAUUCAUUGCUGAAUGGUCAGGUCACUUAUACUCUGCAUGGAAUCCAGGAGCGGUCCGACGUUCUGGAGAUGUUUGCAGUGGACAGUGAGUCGGGCUGGAUAACCACCCUCAAAGAGAUAGACAGAGAAACGACAGAGCGAUAUCGAAUCACAGUGCUGGCCACAGACAGAGCCCAAGGGCUACAGAUGACAGGCACUACUGUUGUAGAAGUGACAGUUGUGGACACAAAUGACAACCCUCCCUUAUUUACUGAAGCAGUUUUUAAAGGCACUGUGAGAGAAGAUGAAUCCACACCAGGCACUGUUGUCACUAUUCUUAGCUAUACUGAUUCUGACAGCGAGGAGGUCAACAGGAGGUUCAGCUGCUUUAUCACAGGUGGAGACCCGCAGGGCCUGUUUGAUGUGAGGCACACAGAUGGUGUUUGGGUGGUCGCUGUCGCAAAAACCCUGGACAGGGAGGAGAGAGAUUUCUAUCUUUUAAAUAUCACAGCCACCGAUGGAACCUUUGAGACAAAGGCUACCGUGGAGAUCAGUGUCCUUGAUGCAAAUGACAACAGUCCUGUUUGUGAGAAGGAUGUGUAUACUCAGACUAUUCCUGAAGAUGCUCUUGUUGGAAGACAAAUUCUUCAAGUCACAGCCACUGAUGCAGAUAUCCAGACAAAUGCGGAAAUCACGUACCAGCUGAGUGGCAGUGGAGCUGAAUCAUUCACAAUUGAUGCCAAAACAGGGGCAGUGAGAACACUGGUAACCCUGGACAGAGAGAUGACAGAGGUGUACAACCUAACUGUGCGUGCAGUGGACGGAGGCGAUCGUUUCUGCCAAGCUUCUGUGUUCAUCACCGUAGAUGAUGUUAAUGACAACAGCCCCAAAUUCACAUCUGACCAACAUCACAUUAGUAUUUUUCAUAAUACACAACCUGGGACAUACGUGGCACGACUAGAGGCCUUCGAUGCAGAUAUUGGGAUGAACGGUAAAAUACGUUACACAUUUGAGGACUCUGCCGGAGGUCUGUUUUCAAUCGAGGAGAGCUCAGGAAUUAUCAGUUUAGAAAGGUCCCUGGACAGACAGACGAAGGCCACACAUGUGUUGAGGGUACGAGCGACAGACCAUGGCUCUCCUCAUAGACUGUCCUCUCUCAGCUCUCUGGUGGUGACAGUGCUGGACGCUAACGACCGUCCACUGGCGUUUGAGCAUAGGGAAUACGUUUCCACAAUUCCUGAGGAUGUUACGGUAGGGACAAAGCUUUUGAAUGUCUUUGCUGCAAGCAGGGACCGGGAAUUGACCUCCCAGACAACAUACUCUAUCACCAGCGGCAAUGAGCAAGGAGCUUUCCGAAUUGAUUCACAGACAGGUGACAUCUUUGUGAUGGAGCCGCUGGACUAUGAGGCUUCUCCUCAGCACUUCCUGACAGUGAAGGCCACAGGAAAAGAGUUGCUCAGUGCCAUAGCUACUGUUACUAUUCACCUCCUUGACAUCAAUGACAACAGCCCCGUGUUCAGCCAGAAGAUCUACUCGGCUGUAGUCAGUGAGGACGCCAAGCUCGAGAGCACAGUGCUGAUGGUACUUGCGAAUGAUUUUGAUGGGCCUUUAAACAACCGAAUCCGCUAUUCCAUGGAGAACAACAACCAAACGUGUCCAUUCAUCAUGGAUGCAGUCAGGGGUGAACUGCGACUGGCCCAACAGUUGGACAGGGAAAAGGUAGCGAGUUACAUGCUGACCGUUGUGGCAUCCGACAGUGGAAAUCCCCCCAAAUCCGACAGCGCUGCAAUCAACAUGACUGUGUCUGAUGUGAAUGAUAAUCCUCCUGUCUUCUCUCAGGCUAACUACAGUCUCAUCAUCCAGGAGAAUCUGCCUUCAGGUGCUGCUGUGUUACAGCUCAAUGUGACAGACAACGACUCCCCCCAAAAUGGGCCUCCUUUCUCCUUUAGUAUUUUGAAGGGUGAAGAAACAAGUCCCUUCAUCAUAGAUCAGCAGGGUGUGGUAAAGACAGCUGAACCACUGAGAAAGGGUCAGCAUAUACUUCAAGUGCAGGUGUCUGACAGUGGAAGGCCCCCACUGACAUCGGUCACAUCUGUCACUGUGCUUGUAGCACAGACGAGUGUGUAUCCUCCAUCUGUGCUUUCUCUGGAUGUUUUCAUCAUGAUCUUGGAAGAUGAGUAUUUAGGAGGCAAGCUGGGCAAGGUCCACGCCACAGAUCAAGAUGAAUAUGAUACACUCACAUUCAGUCUGGAGCCACAGUCACACAGCUUGUUCUCCGUCGUUGGCACGGAUGGCAGAUUGUUGGCCCGCGGAGGCUUGGACGUGGGUCAUUACCAGUUUAAUGUCUCAGUGAGUGACGGACGUUUCUCAGCCUUAGCCAGUGUCACAGUGAAUGUGCUGCGGGUCACAGAGCAGAUGCUGGACAGUUCUGUUUCUGUGCGCUUUGCUGGCAUUGCUGCAGAAGAUUUUAUCCAGGACCACUGGAAAAACCUCCAAAAAGUGGUGCGCAGUGUCGCCGGAGUCCGCAGGGGUGCCCUACAGUUGAUUAGUCUACAGCCUGCAGAAACUGGCGACGGCCUGGAUGUUCUUCUGUGCUUUGAUAAACCAGGACGAGGUGGCAGCUCGCUGGAAGCCUUCUCUCAGAAGCUCAGCUCUUCCAGAGCAGCCAUCAAAGAGAUGACAGGACUACAUGUAGUGCGGGUUUUGAAUAGUCAGUGCUCAAGCUCUGAGUGUCCUGGCAGCGUGUGCAGACGAGUGGUGCUGCUUAACCAGACCAGUAUGACCACCUACAGCACUGCCCGAGUGAGCUAUGUCACACCCAGACACCACAUGACAGCCAAAUGCCUGUGCACAGACAGAAAGUGCCUGAAGCACAAAACCACAUGUGAAAACAGCCCAUGUCCUCAGGGCUAUGAGUGUGUGUCAGGUUUUGAGGAGGACAAACACAGCUGCGUAUGCACAGGUGCUGCCAAAGUCAAAUGCUCAGGAGGAUCUUCAAUGACAUUUAGUGAGAGCAGCUACAUUAAAUAUCGCCUGAGAGAAAGCAUGAGAGAACUUAAGCUCACGCUCAAGUUAAAAACUCUCUCAAGAGAAGGAACAGUAAUGCUUGCCAGAGGAAGAAGCCACAGCAUUUUGGAGAUUGUGGAGGGCCGACUGCAGUUCCAGUUUGACUGCGGCUGGGGUCUCGCUACAGUUUCUGUGCACAGCGUCCUGGUGAAUGAUGGACAAUGGCACAUGGCAGAACUUGAGGUGAAGGGUAACUAUGCCAGGCUGGUUCUGGAUCAGCUCCAUUCUGCGUCAGGCCUUGCGCCCGGUCCCCUCCACUGCCUCAGCCUUGGCGACCAGGUGGUCCUGGGUGGACGCACUCAACACUUCGCUUCCAGACUCAGGCGCAGUCUGCCUGUGUCCGACAGCCUACAGGGCUGCAUGGACUCUGUGCUGUUUAAUGGACAGAGACUGUCCUUGGACUCAAGUGGUCCAUUAGGGGUUGCCAUUGAGGACAUGGUGGGAGUGUCUCCUGGCUGUGUCUUCUUCCCAUCUCCAGACUGCUCCAGUAAUCCCUGCCUCAACGGAGGGAGCUGCUUAACGAGGCUGAGUGGAGGUUAUGUCUGUGAAUGCAGUACUUUAUUCUCUGGGACUCACUGUGAGGUCAAGAUCAGUCCUUGUGACUCCAACCCCUGCCUGUAUGGAGGAACCUGUAUCCAGAAUAACCUGGACUACUACUGUAAAUGCAGGGGGCACUAUUCAGGUCAAAGGUGUCAGAUAGGUCCGUACUGCAAGGAGAAUCCAUGCCAGAAUGGUGGACAUUGUAUAGACGGUCUUGAUGGACCCAUCUGUGAGUGUGAGCCAGGAUUCAAAGGAGAAAGGUGCAUGAUCGAUGUGGACGAGUGUGUGGACAGGCCUUGCUUCAAUGACGGCCAUUGUGUCAACACAUAUGGAUCCUUUAACUGUUCCUGUUUGGUGGGAUUCAGCGGGAGACUGUGUGAAAUGGACACAGAAGUGAGGAACCAAGUUGCAUCUUCGUCCUGGAACUCUUGGAUUGGAGAACUGGUUGCAAUGCUGGCCUUCUUGACCGCCAUCUUUGUUUUGACGUUGUUUUUCUUAAUAGUGUGGAAAGGAACCUGCAAACCUGACAAGAGCGAUAAAGUACUUGAUAAGUACAAAGAUGUUGAUUCUUACAUUCAAAGGUCCAGCGUAUACAACCAAGCCCGAAAGGAAUCGUGCCCGGACACCCCUCCGCAGGUCCCAGUGCGACCCAUCUCCUACACGCCCAGCAUUCCUGGAGAAUGUCGAAACAACCGAGGCUCCGUGCCUGAGUUCAGCAGCUUCACGCCAGAUCCACUCUUUGGUCUUAGGAAGACUGUGGCUGUGUGCAGUGUAGCCCCUAAUCUACCACAUCGCAAGGCGUUCCAUUCACACUCCAAAAAUGAUUCCAUUCAACAAAUGGACUGGGAUGAGGAGUAUGAUGAAAAAGUCCUAGACCUGACUUCCUGUUUAGCAGUUGAGGAUGACAGUAUUUCCUUUUCACAUGAAAAUAGAGGUGUGCAGUCCAUGAGCUCUCUCCAAGCAGACGUCAUGGAUGACAACAGUUAUUACUGGGAUACCUCAGAUUGUCUUCAGAAUAUCUACUCUCCUGGGAUCCAAGGUUUUCUCCAGUAUGAAUUUGUGCAGAUGCCCUCCUCCAUGCACACUGCUCCAGAAAUUCUCAACAUGGACCAACUUACUGGUGGCGAUGACAUUGACAACUUCCUGCCAGUUCCAGCUCUCCCUCUUAAUAAUGACAUGUCUCCAGUUCCACAGUACGACCAGUAUACCAGGCCAGAGGUCCACCACGUCAUCCAGCCGACAGCAAGUCAACAUCACACCCAUGACCACCCAUUGCCCAUUCAAAUAACCUCUGGAGAGCCUCAGGGCCAGCAUAUAGGACCUGCUGAGGUUCCUGAUUCUUUAGAAAGUCCUUUGUGA